AGCGCGCGAGUGUGCGAACACAUCCAGCAGCGCGAUUGCUGCGAGAUGAAGCAAGCGAUGCUGCUGGCCGCGCUCUUCUCUGGCGCUCUCCUCGCCGUCGCCGCCGCCCAAGCGGUGGAUGACGAGCAGGUGCAGUCAGACGAUUGGGCUUGGGACGCAAUGGACGAUAUGGAGCAACAAUACCUGAAUCAACACAGGGUGGAGACGAAAAACGGCUACAAGGACAUUCGGCAGUUCAACGCUGGCUACGACCCGGCGUCGUUGGACGCAGACGGAAAGGACGGCGGGACGAAAGGCGGCGGCAAAACCACCGGCACCGGCACUGCUGCGUGCAAAAAGCCGCCACCUCAAGCGCCUUUGAAUGCGGCAAUCAAGUGCUCAGCCUACAGCGGCUGUGUUGUGCGCUGCGACAAGAAGCACCGUUUCCCGAACGGAAAGGCGUCGAUGCGGUACGAAUGCGAGAACAACGAGUGGAAGUUGCAGGGAGAGGACUGGCACGUCCUCCCCGCCUGCCAACCGAUUUGCAUUCCAAAAUGCCAGAACGAAGGCAUUUGCGUGGCGCCUAAUCAGUGCGAGUGCAAAGCCGGCACCAGCGGGCCCGUCUGCCAAUUCAGCGAAAUGCCCUGCCUCAACUUGCCGCCGACGCCGAUGAACUCUCAGAUGAGCUGCACUGCCAAUCAGUGCAGGGUGAAGUGCAUGAGUGGCUACCGUCUGCCGCACAUCGCCUCGGACGUAACGACGACGCACUGCCAGGGCGGAAUUUGGAAACCGAAAGUUGCCGAGUGGCAGACGAUCCCCGACUGCGAACCGAUUUGCGAGCCGGCGUGCCAGAACGAUGGAAAAUGCAUUUCGCACAAUUUGUGUCAGUGCCCGAAAAACUUCCGCGGACGCCAAUGCCAAUUUGGGAAAGAGCGUUGUGACAUGAAGAAAAUCGGGUUUUCGGGCAACGUCAACUGCACGUACAACUGGGAACAGACGAGCUGCCAGCUGUCCUGUCCGGAGGGCGUGCCCAUUUCGUACCAGCCGACGGAAAAAUACGUUUGUUACUUCGAGACCGGGGUUUUCACGCCGGACGUCGUUCCCAAAUGCUUGUAUGGCCAAAAGAGUGUAGUCACCGUUAAUGAAGGUCGCUCUUCUGGGGUGAAAGGUUUCAUAAGCAAUGGUGGCUCUGGAGGGGUGAAAGGGGGUUGGGCCAAAUUGGCCACUCCCACGCCUGGCUCUUGCUUAUUUUGGGGAGGAUCGCACGUCAAAACGUUCGACGGACUUCUCUACAGUUACUACAGCGAGUGCGCGUACACGCUGUUGAAGGACUCGAAGGACAACACGUUCACCGUGAACGUGAGAAAGGGAAAAUGCGACUCGCGGCUUGAUUGCAAUUUGCAACUCAUCAUCUACAUCGAAGGCACCAACUACAAACUCGAGACUAAUGAUGUUGGAAAGAUUAUCCUGACGCAGAACGGCGAAAAGAGUCUGCAAAUUCCGGUGCAAACGAGCGAACUGACUGUCCAGCUCGUUGGGCCGCUCGUCUAUAUUAAAGUGGCGCCGCUCGGAUUUUCAAUCAAAUGGGAUACUAAGAGCAUGAUGCACGUGGACAUCGAAGAACACCUUUGGAACAAGACAGACGGUCUGUGCAGCAAACACGACGGAAACGCGGCCAACGAUCUCAAGUGCAGAAACGGAAACUACGUGACGUCACUGCCUGUCUUUUUGUCAACCUGGGAAUCGGAGUUUUUGGGCCAGCACUGCACCGACGCAGUUCAAACCGUUCACCCGUGCACUGCAUCGGCGCUGAGCUCUGCGGCCACUGAUUUCUGCUCCAAACUGCUCACCGACCCGAAAUUCCAACUCUGCAGAGAUCAUCUGAAUGAGGAAAAGUACUACGAAGCGUGUCGCUGGGAUUAUUGUGCAAGCGGCUCGAACCACGGCGCCUGCGAGACAAUUUCCAUCUUCGCCACCGAGUGCAAGAGGAAAGUGCCGGAAUUCGAUCGAAACUGGCGGGAGGAAAACUUUUGCGGAAUGUCUUGCACGGGGGGAGCCGUGUACAAGCAGUGCGGUCCGGCGGCGCAGGCGACCUGCACGUCGCCCUCGGAAACGCACCAGGCGGCCGAGUUCUGCGUCGAGGGUUGUUUCUGCCCCGAAGGCACCGUCCGCCACGACGACACCUGCGUCGCCAAGGACCAGUGCCCGUGCCAGUACAAACGCAGACUCUUCCCCAACGGAAAAACCAUCACCCAGAAGUGCAACACUUGUGUGUGUAAUGGCGGUCAGUGGUCGUGCACUGAGGCGGUUUGCGGCGCUCGUUGCUCGGCGAUCGGCGACCCGCACUACACCACUUUCGACGGAAAAUCGUACGACUUUAUGGGCAAAUGCAACUACUACCUGCUCAAAAGCCAACACCUCACCAUCGAAGCUGAGAACAUCCAGUGCUCUGGAUCAAUUUCAGAGGCGAUGGGUCUGGAAGCCGUGUUGAACCCGUCGUGCACCAAGACUGUGACAAUUCGGGCUGACAACUCGGUGAUCGAAUUGAAACAACACCGCGAACUGGUGGUCAACGGAAAAGAAAUCGCCCGUCUGCCCAUCAAGGUCGGAAACAUCCGCGUGCGCCGCGCCUCCUCACUCUUCAUCAUCGUGGAUUUGCCCAACGACGCGCACGUCUGGUGGGACGGCGUGGCCAGGGUUUACGUCGACGUCUCAGUUGCGUAUUUGAACAAAACUCAGGGUUUGUGCGGUACGUUUACGAGCAACCAAAAAGACGACUUCCUGACGCCGGAGGGCGACGUGGAGCAGCAGGUGUCCGCCUUCGCCAACAAGUGGAAGGUGCAGGAGACGUGUCCGAAUGUGGAAUCGAACGUCGGCACCCACCCCUGCGACGCACACCCCGAGAAAAAGGCCGCGGCAGAACAAAUCUGCAGCAGAAUCAAAACCGGCAAUUUCUCAGAGUGCGCGUGGCAGGUUGACGCCGAGUCUUUCUACCAAAACUGCCUGUUCGACGUUUGUUCUUGCACCAAUGAGCCGAGCUCGUGUUUCUGCCCGAUUUUCGCCGCGUACGGACACGAGUGCGCCGCCAAUGGCGUCCAUCUCAACUGGCGACCUGAAGUCAGGGAGUGCGGUGUGCAAUGUCCGGCCGGGCUCACGUUCCAGGCGUGCGGCGACUCGUGUUCGCACACGUGCACCGACAUCUCGGUGAACCGCGAGUGCGUGUCGCAGUGCGUCGAGGGCUGCAACUGUCCUCCAGGCCUGACGCUGGACCAGCGCGGCGAAUGCGUGGCUGUGGGCCAGUGCCCGUGCCUCCACCAGGGCCAGGAGUUCCCACCAGGCGCCCACAGACUCGAGUCGACCGUUAAUGACACCUUUAUUUGCCAAUGCGUGAAAGCAGCUUGGACGUGCAGUCCUGCAAGCGACGAGGACAUCAAGAAACACGCCAAACCUGAGUCUCUGAGGGUCGAAUGCGACGCCUCCAAGCACCUGGAAUUCACCAAAUGCGAACCAACCAACCCUGCAACCUGCAAGAAUUUGCACGUGCAUCGCGACUCGGAGCCCGAAGUGUGCAAAGCUGGAUGCCGGUGCAAAAAAGGUUUCGUGCUGGACGCUCUGUCCGGAAACUGCGUCCGAGCCACCGACUGUCCGUGCCACCACGGCGGACGGAGCUACCCUGACGGAUCCAAGGUCCAGGAGAAAUGCAACGUUUGUGAGUGCGAAGGCGGAAAAUGGUCCUGCUCGUCUCGUGCGUGCACCGGCACGUGCAGCACGUGGGGAGAGUCUCACUUCCAAACCUUCGAUGGCCGCCUCUACGACUUCCAGGGUUUGUGUUCGUACGCGUUGGUGCAGUCGCGGGCGUCGGCGGCCGAGUCGUUCGAGCUGGCCGUGCAGAGCGUCGUGUGCGGCUCCGGCGGCGUCACGUGCGUCCGCUCGCUCACCCUGAGCGUCGGCGCUGACGAGACCUACACCCUGACCAAGGAUGUGCCCCUCCCGCACAAUACCAAAUUCAACAGAACGACGUUCCGGGAAGCCGGCCUGUUUGUCGUAGCGGAGGUUUUCGACCUGGGACUGGUCGUCCACUGGGACAAAGCCACCCGAAUUUACGUCCACCUUGAUCCAAAAUGGAAAAACAGGGUGCGUGGACUGUGCGGCAACUUCAACGACAACGAGCAGGACGACUUCCAAACCCCGUCAGGUGGCGUGAGUGAAGCUUCGGCACGUGUUUUCGGCGACUCCUGGCGCCUCCAGCCGCAGUGUCUCGAAGCCAGCGACCCAAAGGACGCGUGUGUCGAGAAUCCAAGCCGCAAAGCGUGGGCUGCCGAGAAAUGUGGCGUUUUGAAGGACUCCGUUUUCCAACCGUGCCACUCUGAGGUUCCGGUUGAGCCCUAUUUCGACAGGUGUCUUCAGGACACAUGUGCUUGCGACCUGGGCGGCGACUGCGAGUGUCUGUGCACGGCAAUCGCGGCCUACGCGCAGGAAUGCACGGCCAACGGCGUGCCAAUCAGGUGGCGCACGCAGGAACUUUGCCCGAUCCAGUGCGACGAGACAUGUUCUCACUACAGCCCGUGCGUGUCGACCUGUCCGCACGAGACGUGCGACAACUUUUUCCGCAUCAACGGCCUCACCCAGCUGUGCAAGGAGGAAACCUGCGUUGAAGGCUGUGAGCUGAAAAAAUGCGGCGAAGGGGAAAUUUACCAGUCGCUCCAAGAGCUGAAAUGCGUGCCGAAGAGCUCGUGCAGACCGGUCUGCAUGAAAAUUGGAAACGUGACCUACUACGAAGGUGACCUCAUGGAACAAGAUGCCUGCCACUCGUGUCACUGCUCGCACAACCGGAAGAGCUGUCAGGGUAAGCCUUGCACCACGACGGAGAGCACGACCCUGGCGACGACGCCGAUGAUUUCGCACCCUUCGUGCGUGCCUGGCUGGUCUCGCUGGGUGAACGGCCGCUCGCCCAAAGAGGGCAGCCGCUUCUCCGACCGCGAGCCGCUCGACCAGGCCAACCUGCCGUGCGGCCCUGAGCACGUGAUCGGCCUCAAGUGCCGCACGGUCGACGGCAAGCAGGACUCUAGCCUCACCGGCCAGAAUGUCACCUGCGACCUGAAAAAUGGACUCCAGUGCCAGGGCACUCCUGAAAAUCCGUGUUCGGACUACGAGAUCCAAAUCCGAUGCGACUGCACACCUUCAGAUACAGAAAGAUCGAGCUCGUUACAAUGGUGCGAGGACGGAUGGACUGAGUGGUUCAACACCACGCACCCUGAGAGUGACGCAGGUGACUUUGAGCAUUUCGACACCAUCAGGGAAGAAGGACGUAUGAUCUGCAGCAAGGAACAGAUCAAAGACAUCGAGUGCAGAUACUUUGAUGAGCAGGCCGUCGCCGAAGGAACGAAAUCAGUGAAAGGAAGGACCAAAAAGGGACAAUUCCGGAGCUACCAGGAGGCCAGAAAGAUGGGUCAUAUCGUGACUUGUAAGAAAAGCUACGGACUGACGUGCAACAAUGCGUUGCAGCCUGAUUUCUUGUGUCACGACUACUCCAUGAGGGUUUUGUGCGAAUGCCAAACAACAACCACGACAGAAACGACCACGGAUCCAGCCCCCACCACCCCACAAUGUCCAUCUGGUUUCGAGUGGAGGGAGUGUCUGUACGAGUGUGACCAAUUAUGUCACUCGUACGAAAACGAGCUGCGUCUUCAGGGCGUCUGCUCAAACGCCACCAACUGCAAACCAGGUUGCGGGAAAAACGGGGAAAUCUGCGAGUUCGGCCAGCGAUGGCGGUCGGAGGAGGUUUGCGUCAACAGCGACGACUGCACCUGCUUGUCCAACGACGGCACCAUUGUCCAGCCUGGAGGUGUCCGUUACGAGAACAACAACUGCAGCAAGUGUCAGUGCGUGGACAACAACUACAAGUGUCACAGCGUGAUGUGCUCGCAGUCGGAAAAUAUGGUCCUGUCCACCACGCCCGAGUCCAAGGAGGACAUGUUCAAGUCCACGCCGAGGCCGUGCGACGUCUGGUCCAAUUGGAUCGACGACCACAACGCCAGCAAUGACUCCUUCGAGAAGGAGGGCUACUCGCACCUGGAACUCAGGGACCAAGGCUUCUGCAACCAGGGUUACAUCGAGAAAAUUGAAUGCGUGACGGUUGCCUCCGAGACGGACUACAGACAAACGGGCAACGUGAAUGUCCGCUGCGAUUUGCACUCUGGUCUCGCCUGCUACGACGACGAACAGGGUUUGUUCGGCACUUGUGACGACUACAAAGUCCGCUACUUCUGCUCCUGCCAACAAACUGAAACGACGGUUAUUGUCACGACAGAGGCAACCAAGACGACUCCCUCGGUGAUCGUGACCCUGAGCACCCUGACUCCGCCGCACAAAUGCAAUGCCAACAAGUACAAGAAUCUGAUCCAAGGAGGAACUCCUUUGAAGGACUCGGCGUUUUCCGCCAGCUCGAUCUUGAACCGGCAGUACAGAGCCGAUAAGGCGAGAAUUUCUCCAGAAGGCAAGGAUGCUUGGAUCGCGGACGAGGACAACAGCGAGCAGUACCUUCAGGUGGACCUCGGCCGCCCUGAGCCCGUGUACGGCGUGAUUCUGCAGGGCAACGAGCCAACCCAGCAGUUCGUCACCAGUUACAGAGUCACUUACAGCCUUGACGGAGCCAAUUUCUCCCCUGCCACCGACGAGUACGGAGUGCCAAAGGUUUUCCGUGGUCCAGCGGACGCCACGUCGGAGGAGAAGCAGAUUCUGCCGAUACCGUUCGAGGCUCGCUACGUGCGCAUCAACCCUGUCACCUGGCAAAACGGAGUUGCCCUCAAACUGGAACUCAUCGGCUGUGCGGAAAUGGUCACCGAACCCAGCGACACCACCGCCUUUCUUGAAUGUGACGAGCCGAUGGGCGUGGCUGACGGUCGGCUGUCGAACGGGCGAGUGUCGGCGUCUUCCGUCCUCAAAGGUGACUCGAGCAAGUACGGCGCGCACCUGGCCAGACUCGGCGGACCUGCGGCCUGGAGGGCAAACCGCAACCUCCACGACGAGUGGAUCAUAUUUGAUUUGGGAGAGCCACGCGAGCUGACGGGAAUCGCUACCGAAGGCGACGCCAAAUCUCGCACGUGGGUAACCACAUUCGUUGUGCAGUACAGCCAGAAUUCGCACAACUGGAACCAAAUUCUCAACGAACAGGACGAGGAGAAGGUGUUUUUGGCCAAUGUGGACGCGACAAACAGCAUCAAGAACUACUUCGGUCGCAAAAUUUACGCUCGUUUUGUCAAAGUCAUUCCGAUCAAAUGGAACGGCGGCAUUAGCAUGCGGAUCGAACUCUUCGGCUGCUUCCAACCCUACAUGACGGAGGCGUACGAGCCGACAACGACGGCUCCGGAGGUGACGUCGCGUUUCGCCGAGUGCAAUCCGUGUCCGAACCUGCCGCAGGAGCGGCUGUCGGGCUGCUCGGCGUGCGAAGGAGGCCUCUUGUGGGGCGGCGAGUCGUGCGUGGAGGCGGUCGACUGCUCAUGCUUCGUGGGCCACAUCGAGUACCCGGUGGGGUCGCGUUUCGAGAUGGAAGGCUGCCUCGAGUGCCGGUGCGCGCUGGGCGGCGCCACGCAGUGCCAGCCGAUGGUGUGCGCCAAGUGCGCCGACGGCCUCCGCAGCAUCCUCACGCCCAACUGCGUCUGCGUCUGCCAGCCGUGCCCCCAGGGCGAGCUCCUCUGCCCCUCGAGCGGCGCCUGCGUGCCCAGAGAGCAGUGGUGCGACGGCGUCGACCACUGCACCGAUGACGAGAAGAACUGCACGCAAACCACUGUUGCCACCACGAUCGCUACCACACUGCCGCCGACGUGUCCACCUGCACCCGAGUGCGAGGGCGAGUUGGUUAAAAAGACGACCGAGGCGACCGGGGUGAAGGGAACGAAGCGCAUCCUUCGCUGCCCGAUUUACGAGUGCCUGCCGCCGCCUAACGACUACGCCUGCUCGCUCGAGGGCAAGAUCAUCGUCACGUUCGACAACAGCACCCUGCAGGCCGAGGUCUGCGACCACAUCCUUGCCACCGAGAAGGGCGAGUGGAGAGUCACUGUGACCAAAAACUGCAGCAAUCCGUCAAAAUGCAGCAACUUUUUCACCGUAAAACAAGCGAACUAUCUGAUCACUCUAAAUCCCGACUUCAGCGUCGAGUUCAACGGACAUAAAUUCAACAUUGAGCAGGCCCAAACCAUCGCCGCCCGUUACCGAGAGUUCGAAAUCUCACGUCUCGGAGAUAAAUUGUACUUUGAGUCGAACCACUUUGGAUUCCUCGUCGUGAUGGACGACCAGGGCUCCGCCCAAAUCACAGUUCCGCACAAACUUAAGGGGCGAGUGGACGGGCUGUGCGGCCACCUCAGUGGAAAUGCGUUUGACGACAAAACCAAGCCAGACGGAAAACUGGCCAAGAGCACCCUGGAAUUCGUCGAGAGCUGGAGCGUGGAGGGGUCGCAGGUGGAAUGCGUCGAGCACACGUGCCCCAGAAACCGACAGGAGAAGGCCAUCAAGACCUGCAUGAAGAUCAAGGAGAAGGCUGCGUCGCUGGCGGAUUGCGGCGCGGUGGUCGAUUGGAGCCGCUUCUUGACCGUGUGCACCGAGAAGACGUGCGAGUGCCUCGAGGACGGCCAAAGCAGCGAGCAGGCCUGUCUGUGCAAGGCCGCCGAGCAUUACGUCGGCCAGUGUCGCGCGCUGAAGCCGCACGACCUCGACAUUUCUAACUGGAGAAUACAACUCGGCUGUGCGGCCGAGUGUCCGCCGGGGCUGAUCUACCACGAGUGCUACGAGCGCAGGUGCGAGCCCAGCUGCGCCAACAUGCAGUGUCCGCAGGUGCAGAACCACAACGCCGGUUGCAACUCGGGCUGCUUCUGUCCCGACGGGCUCGUCCGCAAGGCCGACGCCUGCGUCAAGCCCAGCCAGUGCAAGGACUGUGUGUGCAACGGCUUCGGCGACCCGCAGUAUUUGACGUUCGACCGCGUGAAUUACACAUUCAACGGCAACUGCUCGUACGUGGCGUCGCGCGACGUGAGCAGCAGCGGCGAGCACCAGUUUCAGGUGUUGGUCACCAACGUCGAGUGCGUCGACGAGCCCGGCACCACGUGCACCGAAGGCGUCACCAUCCUCUACCAGGGACACGUCGUCAGCGUUCGACGCUUGGAAGGACACAAAAAGAUUUUGACGACGUUGGACGGUGAGCCGGUGGUAAAGUUCCCGCUGCUCGCGAGUUGGGUGACCAUCGAAGCCAUUCCUAAGAAGCAGGUGACGGUGCAUUUGACCAAUCUCGAGGUCGAGGUCAUUUACCUGUACUUCAACCACGCGUACGUCAUCCGCCUGCCCUCCCACACCUUCGGCAACAAGACCGAAGGCCUCUGUGGAAAUUGCAACAAGGACCCUGCGGACGACCUGAAACGCAGGGACGGCGUCAUUUCUGGAGACACGGAUGAAUUCGGGUUUAGUUGGCUGGUGAAGGACUUGCCUAAAGGAAUUUUGUUUGAAGACAACUGCGAGGUAAAGAAGGUGCCGGAGUGCAAGCCCUUGCCACCUGACGAGGACCCUUGCCUUGCGAUCAUGGACGAGGAGAAGUUCGGAAAGUGUCACCAAUUGGUGGACCCGCGGUCGUACGUGCAGGCGUGCCAGUACGACGUGUGUCACAGCAAGCAGAGGCAGCGGUCGGCGUGUCGCGACGUGGAGGCGUACGCGCGCGAGUGCCAGCAGCAAGGCGUUUGUCUCGACUGGCGCUCGCAGACGCUCUGCCCCUACGGCUGCACCGAGACCUUCGAGUACCGGCCGUGCGGCCCCGGCUGCCAGCCCACGUGCGACACGAUCAACAACAAUAACAGCCGCGUCUGCCCCGUCGAGCCCACCGAGGGCUGCUUCUGCCCCAAGGGACAGGUUUUGCAAGGUGGAAGGUGCGUCCCUGAGGCUCACUGCCGCACGUGCGACUCUGAAGGCCACUACGUCGGGCAGACCUGGCACCAGGACAACUGCACCGUUUGCACCUGCGAUGCGCCGGAAAAUUCAGCUCCGAAGGUGAAGUGCGUGGAGAAGACGUGCGCCGCGCCCACCGUCUGCAGCGUGGGCCACAACCUGGAGAUCGUGGCAGGCACGGAGAACGACUGCUGCCCCCAACAACGCUGCGUCAAAGUCGCGUGUCCCAAUCAGACAGAGCCGAUCUGCGGGCUCAACCAAGUGCUGAAGACCCUGCUCCAAGAGACAAACUGUCCCAUCUACGUUUGCGAGUGCAUUCCGAGAGAAGAGUGUCCGCCACUGGACGACAACAGCCAGCAGUUCAUGUUUGUGGAAGAGCCUGUAGCACAGGUGAUUCCGAUCGGCAUGGUGCGCCGGGUGAACGAGUCCGGCUGCUGUCCACACUACGACUACGUCUGCCAGCAGGAAUCGUGUCCGCGCCAAACUUGCCCGGAAUACUACAAAACCCAGGUGCAAGCCGCGCCGGAGGGAACGUGCUGUCCAGCGCACACUUGCGUUCCACCAAAGGACGCCUGCAUCUUUGAACCGAACUUCAUCGCCGCUGAUCAAGGAGGCGAACGGAAUAGGACGGUCGACGAAAGGACUAAGGAGCUACACGCGGUGAGCACGACCUGGCAAGAGUCACCUUGCCGACGCUGCUCCUGCGUUGCUGUGAGCGGAGGCGGCGUUCCGAUCGUCGAGUGCCACUUGGCCACGUGUCCGUCCAUCAACCGCAAUUCGAUUUACGAGGAGGCGCUGGUGCUGAUUCGCGGACAAUGCUGCCCUGAGAUCAAGAGAACCGCUUGCAAGGCCGCGGGAAAUAUUUACAAGGAGGGUGAAAAGUGGAAUAUUCCUGGCGAGCCCUGCAAAGUACACGAGUGCAGAGCAGAAAAUGGCGUUCUGCUACACUCUACGACGACCCUGGCUUGCAACAGGACCUGCGAUUUCGGUUACGAGUAUCUGGCACCUGGGGACGACGUAUGUUGCGGAAAAUGCGUGCAGGUGGCGUGCGUAGUGGACGGCACCGCCUACGAAAGCGGAGACACGUGGAAAUCGGCAGACAAAUGCACCACCUUCGAAUGCCAGCGCUCAGGAGACUCGUUGCAAGUUGCGGCGUCCAGCGUCACGUGUCAGUCCAUCGAAGGCUGUCCGAGUGAGCAGGUGAAGACCAGUGCCGACGGCUGCUGCCAAUUUUGCCAAGUGCCACCCCAAAACCAAACCCUUGUCAAUAAUGCUUGCGCGUCGGAGGAACUGACUGAAGAAGAGACCAUCGCGUUGGUCACCGAGUUCAACGGCUCGCACGGAAAGUGCCUCAACACCGAGCCGAUCAGGGGAUUCAAGGUUUGCGCCGGAUCGUGCCCCUCCAGGACGAGAUACAAUGCAUACGACGCGCUGACGCAGGUGUCAGAGUGCAAGUGUUGCCAGGGGCUGGAGUACGAAGUGGUGGAGGUGGGCCUCACGUGCGAGGACGACCACAAGUACAAGAAGAGCGUCCGCUUCCCGUCCGAGUGCGAGUGCAGCGCGUGCUCCGCCGGCGGCGGCGGCGGCGGCGGCGACGGCCACCAGACAAAGAAGACCAACCCCAACUUCUGGCCUCCGAAGCUUACAGCACAGUAAACCGCUUUCGCUUUACUAACUUCCAGCUGGUGCGUGGAAGCGGCAAUAAUUUUGUUUGUUUCGAUAGUCGCUUCCACCGCCGUAUCACCGCUUUUUAACUUAUUGGAUUACGAGUUGGAGAAUUAAAUAAUGAUAAUAAAAAAAUUGGAGCUUUCAAA